AUGGCUAUCCGUUUUUUCCAACUCUUUUCUCUGCUUACAUUGGCUGCUGGUAAGCCGAUCUUCUUCCCGAGACAGGUCUCGGACGCUGCGCCGCAGGUCGGUAGCAAUGAGGGUCAGGGUCAUGGACUUGUUGAUGUGAAGCUGUACUCGCUCGGCAACUCGACUGUCCAGGCGCAUGUCACGAACGUGGGCAAUGAGGGUCUGCGGUUCGUCAAGAGCGGAAGUAUUUUGGAUAAUGACCACCCGACGAAGAAGGUGAUCGUGUCUGGAGAAAAGGAAAACCCCAUCUUCAACGGUGCCGAGGUGACCUACAUCAACACCCACCUUACUCCUGAUGGCUUUGUACAUCUUGCCCCGAACCAGACCAUCGAGUCCAUCUUCGACAUCGCCAACUCGCAUGACCUUUCCCCCGGGGCAAAAUACUCGGCCAUCGCCGAUGGAACACUGGAAUACACUCGGUCCAGCAACCCCAAGAAGUUCUCCAUGACGCCCUACAAGUCCAAUAAGAUUAGCUUCGAAGCACCGGAAACUAUUAAGAAGGAUCUGACAACCCGUUCGACUCUCGCGGACUGCAGCGGCGAGUACAACACCCUCGUGAAGAAGGCUCUCGAGCGCGCCGCCAAGAUGGCCACCGCUGGUGCCAUGGACGCGAGGAAUGGCACCUCCUCUCUCUUUGAGAAGUUCUUCAAGUCGACUUCGCAGUCGGACCGUACCGAGGUUGCGGAUCGCUUGGAUGCCAUCGCCAAAGAAGCGACUACCAAGGGUGUCUUGACCUACUACUGCCAGCCCUCCGCUCAGGAUUCUUGUGGUGCAAACAUCGCGGCCGUGACGUAUCCAACUGAAGACCGUGUUGUUAAUUGCCAAGGAUACUAUGAGUCGACCGAGGUGUCCGACACCUGCAACUACCUUGACCAGGCUGCUAUUUCUCUGCAUGAGUUCUCUCACGCCACCAGCGUGUAUGACCCCGGCACGGAGGACGUGGCGUAUGGAUACGACAGUGUGCUACAGUUGAACACCAAGCAGGCGAAGAACAACGCCGAUUCUUUCGCGUACUAUGCCUCUGCUGUGUUCUUGAACUGCGAUGGUAGCGAUGACGGAACCACGACUCCUGGAACCGGUAGCUCCGGAUCGGGCGAUGAUGGAUCAACAAUCACCCUCCCCUGGGAUCAGGGAACUAGUAGCUCUGAGACGGGCAACGACUCGAGUUCUGGUACCGGAACCAACACCGGGUCUGGAUCCGGAUCUGGCACCGGUACUGUGCCCAACGUCGUGACCGUCACCAGCACUAUUCCCGCCCCUACUCCCAACGGCAUUGGCAACGGAUGGACUUUGUGGCCUGUUGGAGGUUCCGGUCUGUCCCAGGAACCUGGUCAGAGCGGAGAACAGGAGCAAACCCAGGAUCAAUCCCAGGAAAUCCCCACAGAGAUCCUUUCGAAGCUUGGAAAUGGGUGGCUCCCCGUUGACCCUGGAUCUCAGGAAGGAGAAAUUCAUGUAGUGGCGCCGCCUACGCAUCAGGGGUGGGUCAAGGGAGCUCAUGGCGGUCACCGUCAUUGA